GUGGAGAUCACUCUGAUGUAUCAAUUUGCUACAAUGUAUCAGUGUGGAGACUCCUAGAGACUUAUGCAGGCUGAUGUGGAUGGAUACACAGCGGUAUAGAGAGGCAGAUGAGACCCUGUAGGAUUGUGGGUUAUGAUAUCAGACAUUUCCACUCAACUUUCCCAGUAACAGAUAAGCACUUGAGCAGAGGACAUGCCAGGGAGUCCUAUUCAGGCUUGGACCAUGCCUGGGAACAGUGUCCCCUCCUGACAGGUCGCCCAGGAAGGGGUUAAGCCCUGCUCACAGGUGUCGGGCUCGGCUGUACAGUACUUUCCAGGCUGCCUGCAAUCCCCAGAAGCCGAGCACGGUGCAGGGAUCCGUCCGAGAGCAGGGCAGCACAUCCCGGGGAUCCUGUGUCCUGGAUCCACCCCUGGCUGCUGAGAUCACUGGAGACAUUCAGAGCAGCGGAUCAAGUGCACUGUCCUGAAAUCGAUUGCCGAGCGCCUGGAGCUGCCAGCCUGUAUUUAUUGGCCGUGUGUCUGGGGAGGCUGGCUGCUGCUGCUGCUGAUGCCUGCUUGAUCCGUUUCUCUGGGUUUGACCAGCUGUCCCGGGCUAACCCCUGCCUGGCUCUGCGCUGAUCAUGGAGGAAGUAGGCGCUGGAUUACCCACAGCCACCACAGCACUGCUGCCCUAGUGCCCAGAGCAGCCGCAGAGCACCAGGAGGCGGCGGGCAGACAGUACCCAGGGAUGGCAGUGUGGCCCCGCAUGCCCUGCUAAGCACUGCUCUUUGACUAUGGAAACAGAGAGGCAUGAUGAAUACGUAACUAGUGAUAAUGAGCUUGUGCCCGAGAGGGACCACUCCAAUAUGGCUAUAGAUUUGACCUCCUGCACACCCAAUGGGCAACAUUCCUGCCCUAACCACUUGGCAAGCACAAAUUCUGUGAAGUUGGAGAUGCAUAGCGAUGAGGAAGGAGACCGAAAGACGCUUCGUCGGGACACACCGCUCCAGUCACAAGAUGAUGAGAGUGGGCUCGAUGAGUCAGCGGCUGAGACCAAUGGGAUCUCUGACAACCGUGUGGGCCAGGAUAUGUCUCUAGAUGGCGGAAUCCGGCUCCCGAAUGGUAAACUGAAAUGUGACGUCUGUGGCAUGAUUUGCAUUGGCCCCAAUGUGCUAAUGGUCCAUAAGAGGAGUCAUACGGGGGAGCGCCCAUUUCACUGCAACCAAUGUGGAGCAUCAUUUACACAAAAGGGCAACCUAUUGCGCCACAUUAAGCUGCACUCUGGGGAAAAACCCUUUAAGUGUCCAUUUUGUAGUUAUGCCUGUCGACGGAGAGACGCACUCACAGGCCACCUCAGGACACACUCAGUAGGCAAACCUCACAAAUGCAACUACUGUGGCCGCAGCUACAAGCAGCGCAGUUCCCUGGAAGAACAUAAAGAACGCUGUCACAAUUACCUGCAAAAUGUGGGGAUGGAGAGAGGCCAGGGAACGGGGUCUCAUGGUGCAUCUCCUAUGGAGGAGUGUAAGAAUCCUGAGAUCCUGAUGGAAAACAACAUGUCUCUGAUGCCCUUUGAAAGACCAGCUGUUAUAGAGAGACUUGCCAGCAACAUGGGGAAGCGUAAGAGCUCCACCCCACAGAAGUUUGUGGAUACUGAAAAUCCGCAACAAUUCCGCCAUGUCUGGACUGCAUACAAAUACUAUGGUGAAAAGCUUAUGAGGUUUGGAUAUCCAGAAUUGCCCUUUGACAUGAAUAUGGCCUAUGAAAAGGAAGCCGAAUUAAUGCAGUCCCACAUGAUGGACCAGGCCAUUAACAACGCCAUUACGUACUUGGGUGCAGAUGCAAUUCGGCCUCUGAUUCAUCACUCCACUGGCACCAUGUCUGAAGUAGCUCCUGUUAUCAGUUCAGUUUACUCUCAGGUCUACCACCCAAGCAGGAUGGAGAGGCCUACCAGCAGGGAGACAGCAGACAGCACUGAUAAUAAUAUGGACGGCCCAAUCUCCCUUAUAAGACCAAAGAGUCACCUUCAAGAGAGGGAGGCAUCCCCCAGCAACAGCUGCCUGGACACCACUGAUUCUGAAAGCAGCCAUGAUGAUCGACAGUCGUACCAGGGGAAUCAUGCCUUAAACCCUAAAAGAAAACAGAGUCCAGUCUAUUCCAAGGAAGAUGGCAAAGCCCUAGAUGCCACCAAGGCAGGAUUGGGCACUUCCAAAGAUGUCUAUAAAGUAUAUAAUAGUGAAGGGGAGCAGAUCAAAGCCUUCAAAUGUGAGCACUGCCGUGUGCUUUUUCUUGAUCAUGUCAUGUAUACCAUCCACAUGGGCUGUCACGGUUAUCGGGACCCACUUGAAUGUAACAUUUGUGGUCACAGGAGUCAGGACCGCUAUGAAUUCUCCUCACACAUAGUACGUGGAGAGCAUCCAUUCCAAUAGCUCAGAACUGGAGAGGUGCUUCUAUGAAGUAGAACUGCACAUGAAGAAUACUGCACUUACUCACCCACUUUCCUCCAGACUUUAGUUAGCCUAAAACAAUUUUAAGUUAGAUGUAUUUGUUAAGCAUAUGUAAUAUCCAUUCUCCAUGAAACUUUAUGGUCCUGAGUUAUUGUGAAACAAUAUAAGAAGUGAGUACCAAUGUUUUGGUAUUGCUUGUGAGACUUCUGCAUUGCUGAAGUGUGUUGUUGUAUGUGAGCUAUGAAAAAAGACAUACAUACUACUGAAUCCUGAAAACUGAUCUCCUGGUUGAGUUCAGACAUCCUAAAACAUAUCCCUAGAUAAGAUGUAGCUUGUGCAAAGCUACCAUUAGCUUCAAAAGAUGGAAAGCCUUUUAUAGAUUCUGAAGUUAAAAAGGGUGAUUUUGGGACUUUGAUGUUGAUAUCCUAUCCUUAGAAUAAGGUCUCAGUAUCAGAUCAGUGUCAGUUUGACUCUAACAGAUCACUUGAUUUAGGCACUGUUUCUCUGUUACUCUUUACCAGGCACAGCUCAGUAAAUUUUCUAGUUGCUGAGCCUGGUAUUGCAGAUGAUUGCUGCUAAGUUCUAUUCAAGAGAAUGGGACUGAGCUGCAAUACCAAACACUGCCACUAAAAUUGUACAGAGCUGUCCCUGAUACACAAUUACAUUCUUCAAUUAGUCCAUCAGAAGGGUUUUGGACCCACACCUAUCUGAUCGGAAGUUGAACCCCAUUGAUCUGAUGUUGAUAGCCUUUUCUGAGGAUAGGCCAUCAGUAUUAAAGCCCUGAAAAGUUUCUUAAAUUCUAUACUGAUAACCAACAGUUGGUGUUUUACGCUCUUAUUCAGAGUCAUCUGAAUUUAGCAGUUAGGCCAUCCUUGGGCCAGUAUUCUAACAUUUAAUAUGUUAGGAUUGCACGAUUAUGGCAAAAAAUAUUUUGCAGAUAUGUUGUCUGUAAAAUUUAACUCCACAUUUCAUACCUGCAAUAUAAUAUAUAUUUUAAUAUUUUUUAUUUUAAUUUUUUUAAAGAAACCUUGCUUGGUAAAUUAUGUUUUCUUAACCUACUGAUGACGCUUGUUGUGGGUUUCUAUUGUUAACAAAAUGGCAUUGAAUAGCAUCCAUCAUCUUACACCGUUGUCUAGGAAUUCUGUUUGCUAUAUUGUAAGCUAAGGGAAAGUCCGUGCAUCAAAAAUGUUGGACCCUUGAUGGUCUUUAGUAGGUCCUGUUUAAUGCCUCCUCAAGCUUUGAAAAGAUCUAAGGCAUCCAUGACUGUCCGCAUCCUGAAGGUCUACAAAUAAUAUGCAGCUAUACUUUUCCUCUGUAAUAGACUGCCAUCAUGGUUUACAGUAUUUUAGUUAACCUAUAAAAUGAAGUGUAAAGCAUCUGGCUUGUAUCAUUACUUUCUGAGAGUGUGAAAACACAUUCCUAGUUUUGGAUGAAGAUCACCAUAAGACCAAGCUUAUAGCUAUUUAAAAGAACACUUAUAUAGGCAAUAAGUGUUAAACAUAUGGUGGCUAUAAAGCAGUUCAAUGUGCAUUUCUCAGAUUGACCAGGUUGUAAAUUCUUAGUUCUUCUUUAAAAUGAAUCUUCCAAAAUUGAUUGUGGAUAUUAUGAAACUAUUUUGGUUUGUAUUCACAUUUGGCAAGACAUUGAUCAGGUUCACUUUCAUGCUAAAGUGCCCCACUGGCAUAUUUUGCUAACUCUCUAACCGGCAUUGCUUCGAAGGAUAAAAGUAUUGGUGUAUUGGAUGUAAGCCUUCAGAUGCUGGACUCCUACCAAUGUAAAUUCUGUGGCCUUAAUGACAAAGCAGGUGAAAGAUGUAAAGUCCCUGUAAACCCCAGCUGAUCCUAUGAAAUGUAAUAUUCAUAUUUACUUUAUCUUGGUCAUGUGUUCUGAAGUUUGUGUAAAGCCUUUACAUUUAGUGUUAGAAGCAUUCAGAGAACCUUUUACUGUACUCUUUUUCUAUAGAAAAACUAUGCUGAUAAGCCUAAGAAAGAUAGGGUGAUUAUAACCGUAAAGAGGCCGAGCAAAAUUCUGACAUUUCCUUUCCCCUAAGGCCAAAAACCUGUCAGAAAUAAGUGAAUUAAGACAAAUACACUAUACCUACCCUUAAAAGCAAAUCCUCAGAUCCAACCAUUUGUCCCUUCUCAUCUUAUGUGUGCAUAUACUUGGCCUUGCUGAUGUUUCUUACUAUGACAGAUUUUAGGCCUUAAGGGUAAAAUGUUAGACUCUUGGACAAGCCUUUUUAUAAAGGCCAAGUCAAAACAGGACUCUAUCCUUGUGAUUUGCCAUUUACAAUGUGUAGUUUUGAUAUGGAUAUAACUUCCCAUUGACACAAUUGCGUUGCAACUUUUAAGCAUAAUUUUGACAAUUCAAAUUUGGGGGUUUUAUGUAACAGUUUGUCAAUUUUUAUGUAGCAUUUUUCCUUUUUGAUUUGUGUCACCUAUUGUACUUUUUUAUAGGUGAGAGGCAAAUAUUGAAACAUAUCUAUAUUUUUUUUCUUAUCUCAUUUUUUUUCCUUUUUUCUCCUUGUGUUUUUUUGGACAUUAAUAUAGUAGCAGACAUAUUGCCUGAGAUUCUGCUCUACUCUUUUAACAACAUUUACUGAUGUUUUUCUAACCCCUACAUGGACAUAGGAAAAAUAGCCUAAAGGAGACUCACUCACCACUAUUAAAAGGUUUUAUAAACAUGCUCUAUGGCCUGUGUAUAGGGAGGAGGGGAGCGGUCACCAUCACCCUAUUGUUAAUGCCUUAAUUCAAUCUUAUCCAUAUUCUAGUGUCACCUUUCAUUCUAAUGAACAUAGUGACAAGAAUGCUGAAACAUUUUUCUCCACAGCAUAGGAAGUGUCAGCUUAUUAUUAGGCUUAGUGGCCAGAAAGGUUUUAAGAUUAUUUUAUAAUAUAGAAAGCUAAAGAGAAAAUUUUGAAAAAAAAAUCACCAAAACUUCUUAUUAAUGUAAAAUGUAUUUAACAUUAACUUUCUGUUAAUGUGAACCUAUCAUAACUUUUGUGCUGCCUAAACCACAAGUCAUUCAAGCGACCCCACUGGCUACUUCCUGCCCCGCUGGUCUUGGUUGUUAGAUAUUUCCCUAGACCCAAACAGGUAUUUAUCAAUCAAGACUAAAAAGGGAGGAAGAAACCACCAAGGAACACCUCAAUAAGUUGUGGGUAAGGCAGCAUUAAAAAAUGAUGACAUGUUUCCUUUAACGUUGAAAAGGUAGAAUAUGCAAAAUGCACAGGAAAACUAUUCUUAAGAGCAGUACUUUGCAUAUGAUAUUUACUAUAUAGGCCACUUUUUAUAGGGUUCUAGCUCAUCAUUUUCUGUUUACAACCACUUGAAGGUUGCAUGGGAGACAGUAAUGGACAGUAUUUUUGGGCAUUUUUUUUUAUUUUGGGUAUUAAGAUCUACUUUUUACUCAAUUGCUGGGCUUUAGAACCUAGCAUUUAAACCUUACAGCCAUGAAAUUUGAUCAUUUCAGGUAUAAGUAUGUGAACCUCUAAUCUUCAGGGCCUUUGGGUUGGGGUUAUUUUAUGACUAGAAUACAAUGAUGCUCUGGCAUGAAAAAAGCUGUUUAGAGUAUAAGCCACUAUUGCCUGCCUCCAUAUUUCAAAUAUGUUAAAUUGUAUUUAAAAUCAUCUCCUGUUUGUCUGGUUCUAAUGUCAUGGGAUGCAAAUAUCACUGGAUGUUAAAGGGGUAAUCCCGUGGAAACCUUUUUUUUUU